AUGGCGGAUGAGAUGGAUCAGGAGAUGGAGACUCAACUUGUCUACGAGGAGCCCGAGGACACCAAGGAUGGCAUGGACUUGGAUCUGCCCGAACAGAAAGCGGAACUCGACGAAGACGGUGUCAAGUUUCAUCACUCACCGCCGGAGAUGCUGAUUACUGAGAAUACGCCUUUUUUGUUCCAGGGCAGGAUGGUUUGGUUAACCUACAGUCGGUCCUGUGUCAUUGACCACGUGAAGUUUCAUGAGUAUCUGCACACGUGGAUGGAGCAGCGGAUGCCCCGUAUGUCGAGUGACAACAACAGGCGUGGGAGGGUUGAGAUAUUCGGUGCAAAAGAGUUGCACGCAGAUGGUCAUGUGCGUUACCAUGUUGUGAUGCGUUUUGAAAAGAAGGUGCAUUGGAGGAACUCUUACUCCAAAUUUGCAGUCCAGUUCGAGGAGUGCGGAGAACUUCGCCAGAUAGCCACGUCUAUUCGCAUUGAGAAGCCAGGCCCGGGUGAACGUUCAAAGCGUUUCUUGGAGGGGGUGCAGGGUUACAUACUCAAGGAGUAUGGUGCCGGCAAUGAGUCCGGGCAAUGCCCGUUGCCAGACGGGGAUAUAAGCACGAGGCUUUUAAGAUUCCAGAAGAGUUGGUCUUCUGGCUGCGUGGCCAUUGAGGGCAAGGAAAGGGGGAAGGAGAUGAUGGAUUGGGGGAAAUCUGCUAUAUUCACGGCAAACGUAGAUAACAAUCCAUUAAAGGAGGAGGCGGUGGCGCAAUAUUUUAAGGAGAACGGAGGAACACUCGUUGUCAUAGAAGAACGCAUGUUUUAG